AUGAAGAGCGCUGGAAAUCCGACCCUUUGUCGAACAAAGUGGAGAAAAGUAGCCUAUGGGGGCAUGCAGCCAGGCUACGAUGAUAACUACACCGACGACUCCUUCCUGGAGGAGAUGGUCAUGAACGCCAAUGUCGUCAAGAGGGACUUCCUGAGGGUGAUGGUCGACUCUGUCUCCAUCUCCCAGUAUCUCUGCAUCGUCGCCCUUGUAGUUUCGACAUGGACACAUACGCUGAAUUUGGCCAUCGACGAAAUCACUCUCCUGAAAUUCGACAUUGGUCUGCUGCUUGUUGGGUUCUUGGUCCUCCUGCUCACCACCAGCCCAUUCUCGCUGAAUCUACUCUUGAAGUAUGUCCUCAACAUAUCAUUCUUCACCAGUGGCCUUUAUGUUCUGGCGCCAAUUUGCCAUACCCUUACCAGGUCCAUCAGUUCAGAUUCGAUCUGGGCACUUGCUGUGUUCCUUCUGCUGGUUCAUCUCUUCUUGCAUGACUACUCUGGCUCCACUAUAAGGCCUCCAGGUGCACUCAACAACCCAAAGCUGACCAGCAACAUCUCCUUGAACGCGUCGAUAGUGGCGUCUGUUCUUGUGGCGUCGCGUCUGCCAUCUUGGCUGCACGUCUUUGCAAUCAUGCUCUUCUCAUUGCAGGUCUUCCUGUUUGCGCCGCUGGUCACAUUUUGUAUCAAGAAGUACUCCUGUAGACUCCAUUUGAUGUUCUCCUUUGCUCUCAUGGUCAUGACCCUGGGCGUCACGUACCAGCUGCAUCGAAUGCUCUUCAUUUUGCUGCUGGCUCUCGUCGUUUUCAUCUCGCUUGUCUGCCCCUACUGGCUUAUCAGGAUUCAGGAGUACAAGUUUGAGAUCAAUGGCCCCUGGGAUGAAGCUAAACUCUGCUUUGAUAUAACUGAAUGA